GUCUGGGGUCGGGGGUCGGUGCGGUAACAAAGGCGCUGAGCAGCCCCUCCCCUUCAGCCGGGCCCGGAGUCAGGGACAACCUUUACCUUCAGCCCCUACAACACCCCGACCGACUCUUCCCUCUGAGCUGCUGCUGGUCAUUGACAGCGAUCGGGAACAGUAACCCCCCUCCAGGAGAAUUAAGGAAACCAUGACCUCGAAAGUGCAGUUGUUGUGUUGGGGUCAAACCAAUUUCGGGCAGCUGGGGCUGGGUGACGUACAAGAGAACGUCGUGGUUCAGCCAAGGACGUCUUCGUUCUUCAGCGGUAAAACCGUGCGCGAGGUCUCCUGUGGGAGAUACCAUACGGCUUUCGUUCUACAAGACGGAAGUGUCUACACAUGUGGAUCAAACAUCUGGGGGCAGCUAGGCCAUGAGAAAGCAGGUUAUAAUCCAGAACAAGUUGCAGCACUAGAUGCCCAGACGAUUGUCCACACAUCUUGUGGAGAAGCCCACACUGUUGCCCUCAAUGACCAAGGUCAGGUCUUUUCGUGGGGAGCAGGAAGAGAUGGUCAGCUUGGGAUCGAUUCCACUGAGGAGACUGUCCGGAUACCAAGGUUAGUCCGGACGUUGAGCGGAUGUGUGGUCAUACAGGUCACUUGCGGAAGCUGGCAUUGCAUGGCACUUACUAAAGAUAGUCGUCUCUUUGCUUGGGGCCAGAAUGCUCAUGGCCAGUUGGGUCUGGGGAAGAGUUACCCCUCUCAGUCCAGCCCCCAGUGCAUCAAGUCUCUGACUGGGAUUCCGCUGGCUCAGAUCGCUACAGGAGGGACGCACAGCUUUACUCUGUCACUGUCGGGGGCAGUGUUUGGUUGGGGGAGGAAUAACUGUGGUCAGCUCGGACUCAGUGAUGAUAAAGAUCGAGAUGUCCCCAAUCAUGUCAAGUUCCUGAGGAGACAGAAAAUUGUUUACAUUAGCUGUGGUGAGGAACACACAGCAGCUCUAACCAAGAAUGGAGGUGUUUUUACUUUUGGAGCUGGUCUUUGUGGGCAACUGGGACACAACUUCAUAAAUAAUGAAAUAAAUCCUCGCAGAAUCCAGGAAUUGAUGGGAAGUGAAGUCUCUCAGAUAAGCUGUGGAAGACAACACACACUUGCCUUUGUCCCUUCUACUGGCCUACUCUAUGCAUUUGGACGUGGCAACAGAGGUCAGUUAGGAUCGGGACACACAGUUAACUCUCAGGUUCCGUAUAAAGUAGCUGGAAACUGGGUAACUCACACACACAAGCCACAUCCUAACGAUCAGUCCAUGUAUCGUGUGCUGAAACAUGUUUGCUGUGGAGGAGAUCAGAGUUUCGCCCUUUUCUUUUACCAUGAGAAUUCACAAGUCCCCGAUGAUUUCCGCUGUUUGGAUCAUUUGAAGCGUGUCAGGAUAAUCAAUAACAACGUGAAUUGGUGGAUGCUAAGCCUUUCAGGGAAGGACAUUCUUAAUGAAUUAAAUGCAAUAUUUUCAUCACCUGCGAGUUUGAAUGGCAGUUUCCUUGAUCAUCGUAAUGAUGAGCACUUUAAAACUAGUGCUCGAAAUCCUGGAAUUGACUUGAAGGCUGCCAUGUUGUUUUUUGAGAAGAUGGUGAAUUCUCCGUAUGCCAAAUUACUACAUCAGGUUACUGUGACUUUAGAGAAUCAUUUGAUUUCCCAGUUACCGACUUCUCCCCCUGAUGUCGAGGCCAUGAGAGCCUUUUUGAUUUUACCGGUGCUUCCCCUCUUCCGAGAGUCUAAGAAUUAUUUGACCUUUGCUCUGCCAUUCGCUGCAGCCAUUCUCCACUUGGAUGCCAACCCGAGCAAAGUGUUGGACAACUGGUGGUGCUGGGUAGAUGCUGGCUAUUUCUGCCAGUUGGUGGAGCUCUAUAAAGAUGCAGUGGUCUACCUUUUAACCCGGAUGAAGACCUCACUGCUGGCUCCUGUGUUUAGCCAUUACAUCAUUGACGCUCUCCGGAUUUUGGAAAAGCUACACAAGGUUAAUUUGACUGUGAACCAUACUGACUAUGAGGCAUUCUACAUCCACGAACUGAAUAACUUAGUCAAUAUUGAAACAGAUUUUCUUUACUGGGCAUCUCAACAUGCUGGAGUAAAAAUUCAGCCAGCUAUCGCAGAAGUCCCCAUUGCUUUCUGCUCCUACCCUUUUGUCUUGAAUGCUCAGGCAAAGACAAAGAUGUUACAGACAGAAGCUGCGUUACAGAUGCAGAUAGCGGUGAACAGGACAAGCCUGGAGAACAUCUUUAUGCUUCUCACCCUGGGCCCUUUCCUGACCAGCAGCCCCUUCCUGGUUUUGCAUGUUCAGCGGAGUAAUCUGGUCAGUGAUGCCUUGAGGGAGCUCAGCAUUCAUUCAGAUGUUGACUUGAAAAAACCCUUGAAGGUGGUGUUCCUGGGUGAGGAGGCUGUGGACGAUGGAGGUGUGACAAAGGAAUUCUUCCUGCUGUUGCUAAAGGAGCUGUUGGAUCCUAAAUACGGGAUGUUCACAUACUACGAGCAGUCUAGGCUUUUGUGGUUUUCAGAAAAAACGUUUGUGGAGUUGAACUGGUUCCACCUGAUUGGGAUCCUGUGUGGCCUGGCCAUCUAUAACUUCACCGUGGUGGACUUGCACUUCCCCCUUGUGCUGUACAAAAAGUUGCUGAGCGUGAAACCCACUCUGGAGGACCUGAAAGAACUUUCUCCCACUGAGGGCAGGAGCCUGCAGGAUUUGCUGGAUUACCCCGAUGACAAUGUUGAAGAAACGUUCUGCCUCAAUUUUGCGGUAAGGAGCGCGAUAUACAAAGGGGAUUACCAUCCUGCACAUCCUACAAUAAAGAUAUUUUGGGAAGUAUUCCACGAGUUUCCUUUGGAAAAGAAGAAGUUGUUUCUGUUGUUUUUGACCGGAAGUGACCGCAUUCCUAUUUAUGGGAUGGCAAGCAUUCGGAUGACCAUUCAGCCCACUGCUGGAGGGGAAUGCUACCUGCCCGUGGCUCAUACCUGUUACAACCUACUAGACCUCCCCAGAUACUCCAAUAAAGUGACGCUGAGCAUCAAACUCACUCAGGCUAUCAAUCACCACGAAGGCUUCAGCUUGGUAUGA